AUGGAAACGGAUGUAGUGAAUUAUGCUAGGGCAUUUGAUUUGGUUGGACUUAUCAAUCCUCCUUCUAAAGGAUAUACUUGGAUAUUAGCAGUAAGAGAGUGCUUUACUAAAUGGGUUGAAGAUAUUUCUUUACAGAAUGUGAUUGGUUCGACUGUGGCAAAUUUCAUUAAGGAAAACAUCAUUUGCAGGUUCGGCAUACCUAGACGUAUUUUUUCAGAUAAUGGUACUCCAUUCAUUAAUGCUAGUGUAAGGGAAUUACUUGCCCUUUACAAUGUGGAUCAUGUGAAGUUUACUCUUUACUACUCGAAAGAAAAUGGUCAAGCUGAAGCUACUAACAAGACUUCACUCAAAAUAAUUAGUAGAAUGGUGCAUGAAAAACUAAAGAUGUGGCAUGACGCACUUCCAGUAGCAUUAUGGGCGUAUAGGACUUCUAAGCGUGGACUUACUAAGGCAACUCCUUUUUCACUAGUAUAUGGGACAAAGGCUGUACUACUAGCGAAAAUUCUAGUUCCAUCUACAAGAUUAACCUUAAACAUUGAAUUUGAUAAUGAUACUUUAUGGAUGUUAAAAUUAGAAGCGCUAGAGGAAAAAAGAGAUUGA